GCUCAUUUAUUUAAGAUUAUUUCUCUUUGCUUGUCUCAUACUUGGGGCAAGAAAAGAAUUUUUAUGUGUUAAAAUGUGUUCAUACUGUAUGGAUUAACUAAUUUUGAAAGGUAGCUUUCAAACUGUUUUGUUGUCAAAAUCACUGUUUAACAGAAAGAUUUGUGAAGAUUUGGCUAAUUUGUAUUGGCUUUUCUAAGUCAAAUUCAAAUGAAAUUAUGGCACAGUAGUUUUACCCAUUUGUCACUGAAAAUGAAGUUUCAGAAGCAAAGUCAGAAUUCUGUAAUUAUUUAUAUAUUUUAAAAAUAUCACACGUGACAGGAUAUUUCCUUAUUUAGAGUCAAGUUUUCUCUUUCAACCAAAACUCUCCAAAGCUGAGAAGGACCCAGCACCAGUCGUUCCUUUAAGUUUUCUACUGCAGCAAUUAAUUUCAGCUCAUCUCUUUGCGAUUAAGAAGAAAGGAAUGAAAUACUUAACUUCUGCAAUCUUAAUUUUCCUCUCUUUCGUUACUACUGCUUUUCAGACACUUGACAAUGAAAUAUUUUUAAUAUAUGAUGAGGAUAGUAAACUGUGCUUAAUUGCUCAGAGUGUUCAUGCAGUCACAAUAGCUGUUUGCAACAAAAACAGCGGAUUACAGAAAUUCAGGUGGGUGUCCGACCACCAGGUGAUGAGCGUGGCAUUUGCACAAUGUCUGGGAGUGCCCUACAAGCAAGAUAAGGCUAAAAUUUCCUUGUAUCCCUGCAACAAAGAAAGUGAAUUCCAAAAAUGGGACUGCAGAAACUCAACCUUCGUAAUCCAUGGAGACAGCUUGUUUCUCAGUGUUGGUAAAAGAAAAAAAGAUAAUAUUGUACUGGACUCAGGAUCAGGUACAAUGAACAAAUGAAAGAUCUAUGGAACCAUGGAUGACUUGUGUUCUCAGGGCUACAAAGAUCUGUUUACACUGCUAGGAAACUCCCAUGGAGCUCCAUGCACCUUCCCUUUCCAGCUGAGUGGGAAGUGGUACGCAGGGUGCACAGCUGCUGGACGGUUGGAUGGCUUGCUCUGGUGCGCAACGACCUCCAGCUUCGACACCGACCACUUGUAUGGGUUCUGUCCCACUGGCAACAGUGACAAUGACAAAUUUUGGAGUACAGAUCCCUUGACAGGAACCUUCUACCAGAUAAACUUCCAGUCAGCUCUCACGUGGCACCAAGCAAGGCAGAGCUGCAAGCAGAGUAAUAACGCGGAGUUAUUAAGUGUCACAGAGAUACAUGAACAGAUGUAUCUAAGAGAUUUGAUUGACAGCAACAGAUCCCCUCUCUGGAUUGGGUUGAACAGUCUGAAUCUCCGCAGUGGGUGGCAGUGGAAUGGUGGUACUCCUUUCAGAUACUUUAACUGGGCACCAGGAAGCCCUUCUCCUGAAACUGAGAAACUCUGUGCAGUACCAAAUCCCAGAAGAGAUGCUAAAUGGGAAAACUGGCCAUGUGAGCAGAAAGUUGGCUUUAUCUGUAAAAAGGAAAACUCCAUGCUGGGUCCUUCCAGUCUUCCAUUAGAGGAUGCAAGACCUGUUAAAUGCCCAGAAGGAUGGUUGCCCUAUUCAGGUCAGUAUUACAUGAUUCAUAGAGAGCCCAGGGCAUGGAAAGAAGCUUUAAUGUCCUGCAGCGAGAGCAAUGGCAAUCUGGCCAGUAUCCACAACCCUGAAGAGCAUGCCAUCAUACUAUCUCAGUUUGGUUACAAAGCCAUGGAUGAGCUCUGGAUUGGCAUGAAUGACUUCAGCACUCAGAUGUAUUUUGAGUGGAGCGAUGAGACUCCUGUGACAUAUACCAAAUGGUUGCCUGGAGAACCAACCCAUGCAGACAAUGGCCAUGACAACACAGAAGACUGUGUUGUCAUGGCAGGAGAGGAUGGAUACUGGGCAGACAGUGCCUGUGAUAGAAAGUUAGGCUACAUCUGCAGAAGAGAGCCACAGGGAGCUUUAGGAACAGUGAAGACUGAUCCUGCCUGUACACAGGGGUGGACAAGACAUGGUUCUUACUGCUAUUUAGUUGGACAUGCACCCGUAACAUUUUCAGAAGCAAUGAAAACCUGUGAAGGGAUUGGUGGUUAUUUAACAACUAUAGAAGACAGGUAUGAGCAAGCCUACCUGACCAGCUUUGUCGGUCUGAGCUCUGAGAAGUGCUUCUGGAUUGGUCUCUCCAACACAGAAGAGCAAGGGAUCUUCAACUGGGAAACCGGUGAAGAUGUUUUCUACACAAACUGGAACUCAGCAAUGCCUGGGAAAGAAGUAGGUUGUGUUGCCCUAAGGACUGGAAAUGCAGCUGGACUAUGGGAUGUUCAGAACUGUGACCUAAAGGCAAAAUUUCUCUGCAAAAAACUAGCUGAAAAAAUGACUCGUCCAUUUGCUCCUGGAAAAAAAUUUAAUUUCCGAUGUCCUCUGGGUUGGAAUACAAGUAAUAGUACUAAUUCAUGCUUCAGAAUUUUUGUGAGACAAAACAACCAGAAAAGAACAUGGUUUGAAGCCAGAGAUUUUUGCAGAGAAAUAGGAGGAGACCUGGCUGCCAUUAAUAGUGAAGAAGAGCAAAGAGUGAUAGAAAACUUAAUAAAAAAGAAGCCCCCACCUUCUCAACCUUUGUGGAUAGGUUUUCAGCUCUUGGAUCCUGAUGGUGGGCUGUCUUGGAGUGACGGAUCCCCGGUGAGUUAUAUGAAAACAAUUCCUUUUUACGAUACUCCAUUAGACAAUUGUGGAGCAAUCAGCAAAGAGCAUUCCAUUUCCGGGAUUAACAUGCACUGUGAAUUCAGUCAGGACUGGAUUUGUGAAAUAAAGAAAGGAACACUCUUGAAGCCAGAACCUGUCAGCCCUCCUGCCAUGUAUGAAGUCACAGAAGAUGGCUGGAUUAUAAAAGGGGACAAACAGUAUUUUUUCAGCACAGAAAGAAACUCUAUGGAAAAAGCCAGAAUGUUCUGCAAAAACCACCAUGGAGAUCUUGCUGUUAUUGGAGAUAAUAAUGAAAGAAUUUUUUUGUGGAAAUACAUCUUAAACAAUGGCAAACUGCAUUCAUAUCUCAUAGGAUUAAUCCUGAAUGCUGACCAACAGUUUAGAUGGAUAGAUGGAAGUAUAUUACACUUUGCACCUUGGGCAGGAGGGGAACCCAACUUUGCCUAUGCUCAACAACGCUGUGUGGUCUGAGAUAAAAAAUAUGGUUUGUGGAAUUAUGUUAGCUGUGGUCAUUCACAUGGCUUUAUCUGUGAGAGACAUGAGAGUUUUGUGAAGCCAGCAGUAACUUCACCUCCAGGAGGAUGUUCUGAAGACUGGCUUUUAUUUAAAAAUCAGUGUUACAAAUUUUUUGGUUCUCAAUUUCAUUAUUGGCGUACUGCAAGUAGGGAUUGUAUCAGCCUUGGAGGACAUCUGGCUACCAUACAAAAUGAACUAGUACAAGCUUUUCUCACUUACCAUUUGAAGGAUGUUUCAUAUGAUCCCUGGAUUGGCUUGAAUGAUGUAAUUAGUGAACUCAACUUUGUUUGGGCUGAUGGAAGUGCUGUUUCCUAUACAAACUGGGCUCCAAAUUCCCCAAAACUUUAUAAACCCAUUUUGUUUGACAGCCUCCGCCCAGAAGAUGGCCACAAUCGGAUAAAACAUGAUUGUGUUUCUCUGAAGAGAGAUCAUACUAAUAUAGGAAAAUGGAGUGAUGAGCCAUGUUAUAAAUCCAACCCUAAACUCUAUAAAUCAUUGGGAACAGUGUGGGUCUUUGCUUUUGACCAUUCUGAUGGCAUUAGCUACUCUGUCACCCAUUCCAAAAUGAAUUGGGAAGAAGCACGACAAUCCUGCAAUAGCACUUCCUCAGAACUUGCUAGCAUUUUAGACCCAUAUAGCCAGUCACUACUGUUCUUAAUUGCACAGGAAUAUGGGCAGCCUAUGUGGACUGGUCUUAACAGCUACGUGACCAAGGGCAAGUAUCAGUGGAUUGACAGAUGGAGGUUAGUUUACAGCAAGUGGUCCAGCGGGGAACCAAAACAGACAUUAGCAUGUGUCUACCUAGAUACUGAUGGAACCUGGAAGACGGCUUCAUGUGAGGAAGAAUCAGAUGUAACAGCCCCUACUGAGCCCCCCCAGCUUCCUGGAAAAUGCCCUGAAUCAAAAGGACAUAGGUCUUGGAUACCUUUCCAUGGUCACUGCUACCACUUUGAGGCUGUCAGGAAAAAAAGCUGGUCUCAAGCUCAUCAGGAAUGUGCCCAGCUAGCUGCUGACUUGGUAUCUGUAGGAGACUAUACCGAAGCAAACUUUCUGGCAGAAACCAUUAAGAUACUUCAUGGAAAGUCUCCCAACUUUUGGAUAGGGUUAAAGAGAGAUGACAGAGAACAAUGGGUAUGGACAGACAAGUCAGCAUUGGGUUUUGUCAACUGGCAAACUGGAGAGCCUGCAAGCAGAAUGUAUAAAGACUGUGGAGAAGUAUGUGCAUUGACUGGGUUCUGGAACACUGACGUCUGUUCUUUCAGAAAAGGAUAUAUCUGUAAAAAAGCAAAAAUUCCAGAAAAGACUGAGAUGUCACCAGAAAAUGUGGGUAAACAGAAAAUGGAGACUGUACUUUCUACUGGCAUCAUAUGGUUGUUUGUUUUAUUAGCCCUUUUCAUAGUUAGAGCUGUAAGUACAGUUUAUUUCCACUUGAGGAACAAAGGACAAUACCAACUAAGUAUUUCAGCCAGAAUUGGUGCAUCAGAAGCAGCAGUGGAUAUCCAAGAAAAAGAUGCGUAUACCAGCACAAGUAGUCUGACAAAAUACCCAUAAGUUCCAAAAAACCAAAAACCCAUCUAUGCAACUGUUAGUCAAAUCUCAUGCCAGUUUUGUAUUUACCUACUCAAAUAAUAGUCUUAUCCUUUCACAGAUAGAAAGUUAAUGGAUUUAUGUAAACAUGCACACCCAUAUAGAUAUGCUCUCCAAAAUGUUAUAGUUUGUUGUUUAGCAUGAGGAGUACAGCCAUUUUUCACAUAAAUUUGUGUGGCUGAGAAGUGUCAGUGUAAACCUAUGGUAUGUUUACUAUGUGAAAUUGUUUAUUUAACUCAUUUCUCUCUCUCUUUUUUUUUUUUUUUUUUUGCAU